GUUGAGAAGUUGACCAUUAACCUCACCUAUUGAUUACAUCUCAACAAAGAGGUACAAGCUUGUAACGAUCUGUACUGUGGAUCAUGAUGCAAAGUUCAGCUUCAUUGGCAUCAGAGAGCUGAGACCUGACACACACUGCAGGAACGAUCUUGGACCUUUUCUGUUGGUUAUUUCACCCUAAAGUAUUGCACUUUUGCAGGGACCCAAACCAGCAAUGGGUAAACCAAGCUAUGGAUACUACCGCACCACUAUCUUUUUGGCCAUGUUUGUUGGCUACACGCUGUACUACUUCAACAGAAAGACUUUUUCAUUUGUGAUGCCCUCCCUCAUGCAAGAGAUCACGCUGGACAAAGAUGACCUGGGCAUGAUCACCAGCAGCCAGUCACUGGCCUACGCCAUCAGUAAGUUCAUCAGCGGCGUGCUGUCGGACCAGAUCAGCGCCCGCUGGCUCUUCUCCAUCGGCCUGUUCCUGGUGGGGGGCAUCAACGUGCUGUUCUCCUGGUCCUCCACCGUGGCCGUCUUCUCUGGCCUCUGGUUCCUCAACGGCCUCGGCCAGGGCCUGGGCUGGCCCCCCUGCGGACGGGUGCUGCGUAAGUGGUUCGAGCCCUCUCAGUUCGGCACGUGGUGGGCCAUCCUCUCCUGCAGCAUGAAUCUGGCUGGCAGUCUGGGACCCAUCAUCGCCACAGUGAUGGCCCAGAGCUACAGCUGGAGGACAACGCUGUUCGUCUCAGGGAUGAUUUGUGUGGUACUCUCCUUCGUCUGCCUGCUGGUCAUUAAGAACGAGCCCAAGGACGUGGGCCUGCCCAACAUUGAGACAUCAGCCAAGAAGGGCAAAGCAGGGCUGUCCAGUGACGAGAGCACCCUGAAGGAGUUCCUGCUGUCCCCUUACUUGUGGCUGCUCUCCUGUGCCUACCUGGUGGUGUUUGGUGUGAAGACAGCCUGCACCGACUGGGGCCAGCUCUUCCUCAUUCAGGACAAGGGACAGUCCGCACUCAUGGGCAGCUCAUACAUGAGUUCUCUGGAGCUUGGUGGCCUACUGGGUAGUCUAGCAGCAGGAUACUUUUCUGACAAGGCUGUUGCCAAGCAAGGCAUGAAGGCCUAUGGCAACCCUCGUCACUUCCUCCUGAUCUGCAUGAUGGCGGGAAUGUGUGUGUCCAUGUUCCUCUUCAGACUCACCGUCACUCCUGACAGCCCCAAGAUGUGGAUUUUGUUUUUGGGAGCUGCAUUUGGCUUCUCUUCUUAUGGACCAAUAGCGUUAUUUGGGGUGAUAGCCAAUGAGAGCGCUCCAUCCAACUACUGUGGGACAUCCCAUGCUAUUGUUGCUCUGAUGGCCAACAUUGGUGGUUUCUUGUCCGGCCUGCCCUUCAGCACCAUAGCCAAACACUACAGUUGGGAAAUGGCCUUCUGGGUGGCCGAGAUCACUUGCCUCAUCACUGCGGUGGCAUUCUUCCUGAUGCGCAACAUCAGAACCAAGAUGGGACACGUUUCAAAGAAGGCAGAUUAGAUAUCGCUGGUCGCACAUCAUCAUUCACCGCUGCCAAGAAGGGAAUUGAUUCAGAAUGGAUAAUUUACCUUUGUUUCUUUCCACUUUUUAUAGUACAAUUUGUGUCCAUUGUGUGAAACAUUGUCUUAUACAUUCAUGGUGCUGCAUUUUUUGCAAACAUUUUUCGAAAGGUGUAUCAUGUUCAGUUUUUUUUAACGACUUUCAAUUAUAUUGCUGGGAACUAUAAA